CCUUGUAAAUUGUAAUCCAGCCGGUAUCUUUGUUAAGCGAAUCCACCCCAAUUUUAGGCUUUUUUUUUUUAUUAAUAGACCCAACCAUCUCCUUUCUCUGGAUAGAACCAGCUUUAUUGAAGUUUUUGAUUUUCAGAAUUUUUACUCAAAGUUGAGAUUGGUUCAUUUGACUCUCAAGCGUGAACCAGCUAUGGCUGCUUUAUUCAUGUUGUCAGUAUAUCUUAUACCGAACCUUCCUUGGUCUUUAGCACUAGUCACAGUCUCCCACCCUUCUACAUGGAAUUUCCUCUUCUGAUCAGUGGAAUCCCACAAAAAAUUUCUUUGGAAUUUAUUUGUGUCAUUACCUUUAUCAGUUUAUUAACCUAUACCAAAAGGAGAAAAAUCUUUUUCUCGCAGUUAUCUUGUGAUGGAUAUGUACAAUUUGUCACUGGUAACUGCAGUGUACAGGAGUUAAAACAACAAGUAUAGAUACUAACAUAUUUUUCGGCACCACUUUCAACAAGUUAGUAAUCUAAUAUUUAUAUUAGUUAUAAUAAUGUUUGCAAAUAUAAUUGCCAUUGAAAAUUGUAGAGGUCCUUGAUCCGGUGCAAGAGAACCUGGUUUUGUCCUUAGAAAAUAGAGAAGAUUUCCAUGUCUUUGUCCAGAUCCAAUCCAACCAAAGUAAUAGCAUAGUCUAUACGGUAAAUGUACAUAUUCUAUUAUUCUUUACUCCCCAUCUAGUCUGCCUAUUGACAUAACAUUUGAAGAUCCCCAACUGAGGAGGAGGAAGAAGAAGCCCUCUUAAAAGUUCACAAACUGCAGGCUCCCGGUUAAGAAUGCCAGCUCAAAGAAAACCUGAGGAAAUUGUCCCAACACUACUGGCUUGUCUGGGAAAAGCUUGGGAUGCAUUACAACCCAUCCAUAAGAAAGAUGAGAAAAUAGUUUCAGGAUUCAAAGAAAUUGAGACUGAACUUGACAAGAUGAAAGAUUGGGAAGGGGAACUCAUAACACGGUUCAGAACUUUGGUGCAAGACAUCGAUAAUGAUGUUUGGUUUGAUAGAUUGAAGCAUGGCAACGCUGAUGAUAUUCUUAAUGGAUUGGAGCUCAUCAGAAAGAGUGUUGCGUCUGUAAAACAGCUCUUUCCGGCAGAAGAAAGUCAGGUGACAGAAAUAAAACCUUCUACUGGGAAGGAUCAGACAAUGUCUGAAGAUCAGGCUAUAGGGAAGGAUCAGCCAAUGUCUAAAGAGUGGUCGAGACUUGGUGUGGAGGAAAAAAUUUAUGCUAGCAAAGCAAUAUCAGAUUUUCGGAAAAGUUUUGACUGUCUGGAGAACAAUCAAUUGAAAGUAUGCUCCUUGUGCCUUUCAAUUUUCCCAGAGAAUAGUAUCAUAAAGAAGAGACCCCUUAUUUACUGGUGGAUAGGAGAGGGUAUGGUCACUAAAACCUCAGAAAAGACUGCAGAGGAGGUUGGAGAAGAUGUCUUUGGACAAUUGAUAAACGAAAGCUUCAUAAUUCCCCAAAUUUGGGAAUCCUUCUUCCAGGAUAAACAGUUUUAUCGUGCACCCUUGGAUUCGAAGAAUGCUGAUCUCGGUUGGAAAAGGACUUCACUUUUUUGAAUUUACUUCCUCAGGGAUGCCUAGCAAUGAUCAUCAUGGCAAUGAUCUUUGUCAUGCACUCUUACUUGCGGGUCCUGGUGAUCCAGCCAGUGCAAUGACUGACGGUACUCUUACGGUUUUCAAUGUGAAUUGUCAAUAUCUUAGAUUUAAAAAUGACUGGCUCUCGAGGUUGAAUAGGGUUGAGGUUCUUCAGUUGGGCCGGUGGCAAAACUCUGUCGAACAUCAUAUUGAAGUGGAAAAUGAAGUCUCUUUGAAUGGUUUGGGAAGUCGGACAUCCCUAAGAUAUCUAAGCCUCAGAGGCAUUUCUAAAUUGACUAACCUACCUCGUUCUGUGCUUAAACUAAUAAGCCUUGAGAUUCUUGAUUUACGUGCAUGUCACAAUCUAGAGAAACUGCCUUCUGAUAUAUCAGCACUCAGAAAUCUUACUCACUUGGACGUGUCAGAGUGUUACCUGCUCGAAAGCAUGCCAGACGGUAUCCAUAAGCUCUCUGCUCUCCAAGUACUAAAGGGUUUUGUGAUAGGAAGUGUUGGAAGAAAUCCGUGCAAGCUAAGUCAACUUGCUCAGUUAAAAGGUUUAAGGAAAUUGAGUAUACGAAUUGGGAAUGAAGCUGUACGAGAAGGGGAGUUUUCAAAGUUGAAGGACUUUAAAGCCCUUGAAAUUCUGGUAAUAUCAUGUGGAGCACAUACAGAAGCUGCUUAAGAGACCUUCUCAGCCCCACUGACUCUUAAGAAAUUGGACCUCCGGUGCAUCCCUUUGGAACAAAUGCCUGAUUGGCUAGAGCCUGAUGUAUUACAAGAUUUGAAAAAAUUAUACAUUAGGGGAGGUAAACUCAAAAGCUUAGAGAAUAAAGGUAAACAAACCUGGAAAGUUAAAAUUGUCCUUUUGAAGUAUCUGAAGCAAUUGAAAGUUGACGAGUCAGAAUUAAAACGCAAGUUUCCUGAAGUGGUGUACUUGGAGAAAAUCAAAUGCAACAAGACUGAUCAAGGUACAUAUGAUCCAGAUAUCAAAUGGGACGAAACGUCACAUGAGAAAGCAAUUGUAGCAAAUACUUGAUGAGCAAUGGAGCCUGGGACUGAAUAAACUUGACCUUUGGAUUAAUAAUUUCUCGCCCACGAGCAAGGGGGCUUGGGACUCACUAAACUUGACCUCUGGAAAUGGAAUACCUGUGCAUAAAAGGAUAGCUGAUUCGAUGGGGAAUGUCGGUACACUAAAUAUACAAAACGAAAGCUACCUUUGAUAGCUUCUUUAGCAUCUGUUGAUUCUUAUCUAAUGCUUUGGCUUUUUGCUGUCAAUGAUUCCCCAUUUUGUGUGUGAGUGAGUGAACGUUUGCCUAUGUUGCAGGUCUCAAACUGCUCCAGUCUCUCCAUGCGCAAAGUGUUUGCAUGGUGUAAUUUGAGGCAAUGUUCGACGCGAUGCCCAUUUAAUGCGGUGAUUGAUCUUGUUGAUGAGUUGCUCCUAGUGGUGACUCAGAUCAAGGGGAAAAGCUUAAUGUUUUAUGGAUCCAUUUUCUGGGCUUUUCAACUUUCCUUCUGCAUUAGAAUUUCUUCACUGUUGCAGGCUCCUGGAAGUUAACCAAAUCUAGAAGUGAAUGCAAUUGCAGCUGCCUAACCUGCCUUGUAGUUUGGAAUAGGCUAUUUACGAAAAAGUACGAGGCCUGAUGUAUCUGUGUAUUUGCAUUAUUUACCUGAGACAAUGUGGAAUUUGAUAUUCAUCAAUCAUCUUGGUCAGACUUGGAUCACAAACUUUUGGUGACUUGGUCUGAUAAUCUGAUAUCUGGACAGCAAAGGCCCUUACGUGGUUAGCGUCUGGUAUAAAUAAAGUUGUUGAUUGAAUUUCCUUUC